CAGGUGACUUAUAUUGUUGAACCAUAGCAAAAUAUAUUCCUCGUACAAAUCGGCCGCUAACCUAGAUUCCAGCGUGUUCAGGAACUAAAACAAUAUAAUUUAAUUGACUAAAAUGUACUAAACGAAUUGAUAAUUGACCUACGAAUAAACAAAAUUCAUAGAUUACCAUAAGCCAAUUGUUAAUAUGCGUUUUAUCGUAUUCAGUGUUUGUGUCACUACACUUAGAGACGGUCAGUGAAUAUUUUAACACGAAAUUCUUGAAGGUUACGUGAAUUCUUGAAUGAAACUUCGUAUAAUUGGUUUUAUGCACUGUACUAUGCACUAAUUUAGAAUUUUACUUAAAUGUCAUCUAUUAAACUAUGGUUAUAAAUAUUAUCUUCUUAUAGAUGCCGUUACAAGUCAAGUUUUUAUGGUGGAUACAUAUUAUUCGGCACUUUAGUAAGAUAAAGAUAAAGAUAAAAUAUGUUAUCUAAAUUUUAUCUGCAGAUAGUAGAUACAUCUGACAUUAUCGAUUUCGUUAAGCGCGAAACCAAGAAUAUCGUUUAUGAUAUAAAUGUCAUGUUUUUAAAGAAAAUAUCAUGGUGUCAUAAAGUAAUUUCAAAAUUGUAAAAUAAUACUCAGAGUAACAAAAAUGGGUAUAGGUAAAAGUCAAUUUACUGAAGAAGAACUUCAAGAUUAUCAGGAUUUGACCUAUUUCACGAAAAAAGAAGUUUUGCAUGCACAUCAUAAGUUUAAGGCCCUUGCUCCAGAAAAAGUUGGCCACAAUAGAAAUGCCAAACUUCCAAUGUCAAAAAUCUUACAGUAUCCUGAAUUAAAAGUAAAUCCUUUCGGAGAUAGGAUUUGCAAAGUCUUUAGUUCUAGUCAAGACGGAGAUUGUACCUUUGAAGAUUUUUUGGAUAUGAUGUCAGUAUUUAGUGAUGCAGCUCCAAAAGCAGUUAAGGCGGAACAUGCAUUUAGAAUAUUUGAUUUUGAUGGUGAUGAUAUGCUUGGUAUUGGAGAUUUGAGACAAGUAGUAGAUAGACUUACUGCUCCUCAAAGAUUAAAUGAAACAGAUAUGCAACAAGUUCUUCAAUCCAUACUUGAUGAAGCCGAUUUGGAUGAUGAUGGUGCAUUAAGUUUUGCAGAAUUUGAACAUAUUAUAGAAAAAAGCAACGACUUCUCCAAGAGUUUUUGUAUACCUUUGUAAAAUAUGAAAACUAUAAAACAAUGAUUCAAAUGAGACUGAACUAACAUUAAUAUAACUAUUAGUGUAAAGACAUUUUAAUAUGAGACUGGGCCUAAUCAUUUUUACUAGAUGAAAGAUGGUAAACUUGAUAAUUUAGGAUGCACAUGCCAUUGGCUUUUCAGGGCCUAUGAAUAACAGAAACUGUAAGUUGGUUUUCCUUAUUUUAAAGAUACACAAUUUUAUGAAGAGUAUCUAGAUCUGUUAAGUAGACGAAUUUAAUUAGAAUAUGUAACAAAUCUGUUGAGUCUAACAUGUAUUUUUAUUAUUGUAAUGUUAUUAUACCAAAGUGUUUUGUCUAUCUUAUAUAACUUUACAAAUAGAAUAGUGUAAACCUAAUGAAAUCCUUAUUGAAUUUGAUGGUAUAUUAAAUAAAAUUUAUAUUGUAAUUUAAGUUAGCUAUAAGUACUAAAUUUUAAGUGAAGGGACUAAUGAGUAAAUGAGAAGUUACAAAAAUUCCAUGAUCUGACAGGGUUUGUAGUGUCAUUAUAAAUAUGGUGAUGAAUGAAUUUGUUAAAUUAUUACAUAGCAUUUUCACUAUACUAAGGAGAAGAAUCAGAAAGUCAAUUGAACAAUUCUUAUUGUGUAAAAAAUGUACUUUUCUCUAUUGUAAUUAUCAUAAGGUUAUAGUUCUUAAUUAAAAAGGAACAGGGAGGUUUUGUGUAUCUUGCAACAAUAAUAAUUAUUAAUGUCAAACAAAAAUUGUACAACAUUUGUUGAUAUAUAUUUACACAUUUUUUUACUUAAGUUUCUUAAGUAAAACUGUUUCUUAAGUACAGGG